AUGUCCUCAACAAUAACUCAAACAAUAACGCAACGAGAACCCGUCUCCACCGAGGUGGAAAAUGAUGAUUUUUUGAAGAACAAAAUCAUUGAGCACUUCAGCCAACUCACUGUCGAUUCCGACUUCCAGAAAGCAUCCGCGACCUAUAGUAAGGUUAAAGAGCAGCAGGAGCAAAUCCGGAUUCGAGAUGAAAAACUGGUCAAAUUGCAGAAGGAUAUCAAACCUCAGGAAGAGAAUGAAGUGCUUGCGUUCAGCAAAUUGUCUGCAGUGAAUCAACCCCUGACCACCCAAAAGGAAAAUACAGAAAGACAGAAUGCUUCUCUUCGAAAAGAGGUUACAGAAAGAGAUAAGUCUCUGACUGAGAUCUCUCGAAGGAUUCAAGAACUUCAGAGCCAGAGAUCUCAGGAUGAAAGAAAGAUGAGCUCAUUAGUUGCACAACACAAUCUUGACAUUGGCUCUCUUCAGAGAAAAUUUAAAGAAAGAGAUGGAGCAAUCAACAAGAUGAGAGCUACUCAUGCAAACCUUACAAGCCUCCUUGCCGUCGAACAGACGAAAAGUGAUUGCCUCGAAAAAGAGAAAAAGUCGCUUGAUGAAACGAUGCGAAAGGCACGCAGUCGACUUGAAAAGCUUGAUGUCUUUAUCCUUACAUAG